GAGAGAGAGAGAGAGAGAGAGAGAGAGAGAAAACACACCCGUCACAACUGGAUGAGAUGAGAUCCGCCUUCGUUGCUACGGACUCGCGUCUGUUCCUCUCGACAUGGACCUGCCUGAACCCCUUCGGCGACGGCUUGGAGAUUUCUCCAGAACCGUGUUUGUGGACCAAAGCCGAACGCAACCCUCUGCUGAGGAGCGCGCCGACUUUCUGAACCAGAAUAAGGAUGUAGUAUCGAGUCUCCCGCUUCAGAUGUCACUUUACUUUAACAUGUGGUUCUUUCCUUUCUGGUGGAUCAGUGAGGUCGUGAUGCUACAACUAAAGUACCCAGCCCUUGUAGAUUACUACAAGUUCAUCCUGAGCACAAUUCUUAUUUUAAUGACCCUGAUUGAGGCCAUCAGACUCUACCUGGGCAAUGUUGGAAAUCUGCAAGAAAAGGUUCCAGAAUUGGCUGGAUUUUGGCUUUUGACUCUUCUGCUCCAGUUCCCCCUGAUUCUGUUCCAGCUCUUCAAUGAGGCUAUUCUCAUUCAACCUCUGGAGAGAGGAGUUCAUAUAAUACUGGCUUUAUUUGUUUUUGCAGAGGCUCUUUUUGGAUUUGUUGCCUUGCGUGCAAUGGUCCGACACACUGAAAGUCGCUUCCAUUUGAGGCAAUUCGAUGGGAUUCAGCAAUUACGGACGUGAUGAGACCUGCACUGAUGGACUGUUUAAAAAAAAAAAAAAAAACUAAAAAGAUUUAUUUGAAAAACAAAAAACACAAUGACUCUAUUAUGAGUGGCAAACACUAAAAGGACACAUUAAUCGUUGAGUUGAACUUUUGUUGCCUUAUUUUAUAUAAACAAAUCUUGCCUUGUAUUAUAAAGUUUGUAUGUAAAAUAAUAAUAGACAUUCAAAAAUAAAUAAAAACCUGAAUAAAAAUAAAUUAAACACUC